UUUGACCAUUUCCAGAUUCUCCGCGCAAUUGGGAAGGGAAGUUUCGGGAAGGUGUGCAUUGUACAAAAGAGAGACACAGAAAAGAUGUAUGCCAUGAAGUACAUGAACAAACAGCAGUGCAUUGAAAGAGAUGAGGUUCGGAACGUGUUCAGAGAACUGGAGAUUCUGCAGGAAAUCGAACAUGUCUUCUUGGUGAAUCUCUGGUACUCAUUCCAGGAUGAAGAAGACAUGUUUAUGGUGGUGGAUUUACUCCUGGGUGGUGACUUGCGCUAUCAUCUCCAGCAAAAUGUGCAGUUUACUGAAGAAACAGUGAAACUCUAUAUCUGUGAAAUGGCUUCAGCUUUAGAUUAUUUGCGCAGCCAGAAUAUCAUACACAGAGAUGUGAAGCCAGACAACAUUCUCCUUGAUGAACAAGGCCAUGCACACCUAACUGAUUUUAAUAUUGCAACCAUCAUCAGGGGCAGUGAAAGAGCAACUGCUCUAGCUGGAACGAAGCCAUAUAUGGCUCCAGAGAUUUUCCAUUCUUUUGUGAAUGGUGGAACUGGUUACUCCUUUGAAGUUGAUUGGUGGUCACUAGGAGUGAUGGCAUAUGAGCUCCUCCGUGGAUGGAAAAUAUAUGACAUCCACUCUAAUAGUCCAGUGGAAUCUUUAGUCCAGUUGUUCAGCACUGUAAGUGUCCAGUAUGCAACAACGUGGUCAAAAGACAUGGUGGCAUUAUUGAGAAAGCUUUUGACCGUGAAUCCUGAACAUCGGUAUUCUAGCCUAGCUGAUAUCCAGACUUCCUCCUACUUCUCUAAGGUGGACUGGGAUGAAAUUGGUGAAAAGAAAGUGGAGCCAGGUUUCGUUCCUAACAAAGGCCGUCUGCAUUGUGACCCCACCUUCGAGCUUGAAGAGAUGAUCCUGGAGUCAAGGCCACUGCACAAGAAGAAGAAGAGGCUUGCGAAGAAUAAAUCCAGGGAUAACAGCAAGGACAGCUCACAGUCAGAAAACGACUACCUCCAGGACUGCCUAGAAGCAAUUCAGCAAGACUUUGUCAUUUUUAACAGAGAGAAGUUGAAGAAGAGCCAAGAUCAAAUGAACGAGUCCAUUUCUCCACCUGAAACCACUGAUGAAGCUGAGACUGAAACAGAAUCUGAGAAUUCCAACCUGAAUAUGUGUAGCUCAGUAUGUUCUUCUACUGGCAGCAGCUAGGACGACUGGGCCAAGGUGGAUGGGCCAGGAGCUUGAACAAAUAAUUCUCAGGUUCAACUGACAAGCAGAUGCCAGUACAUGAAGUACUUGAGUGGAGGGGAAAACAAAAAGAGGAGUCACAAAAAACAACACUGUAGAGCCACAACAGAGGCCAAUAGUUCUCACAGAACCUGUGGAUUUAGAAGAUGGCCUGUUGUUACCUGGUACUUUGCUAUGCAACACUCUGGCGAAACCGGUUCCAUUCCUUUCUUUGUCCUUUUCUUUUCCUAGGGGCCUGAAGCAUAUAUUCAGGUGGUAAAAGCCAGAGACCAGGCCCAACCCAGGUCCAUGAGAAUGCCUGUCAGAAGUGCAAAAGUGGAAUGGGAAAGAGAGCAAAGAUUGCAAAAUGGAAAGCUUACAUUCACAGUAUGUCCUUACAACCCCAGCAAAAGCUGAUGCAUGCAAGGUUGGCUCUUGGCAUCUUUAGAGUACUGGAGAGUUGCAGAGCAUGUCAACUGCACAUGACCGGUCGGAACAGGAUGACUCAAUGGGGAUGCUGCAGGCAAGAGUGCCAUCUUGACUAGGCUUGGUUUUCAGCGAAUCUAGUCACUAUGUUAUCUGAAGCUUUUCAAGGCAUUGGCACCUAAAACCAAUCGCCCUGGGUUUUAUUGCUGAAAUCUUAAAAUGGUACGGUGCAAAAGAGGACAUUUCACCCCCAAACAGACUGAAUAUUUCACAAAGUACCCUUACUUGCAACAAACUAUGUAGGCCACAAGCAUAUGGACAGAGGUUAAUGUUUUCUUCACUCAUAAAGAGCAGGGUAUUUUGAUGGGUUUAGAUGUGGUAUCUAGAAAAUGAUGCCCUACUAGUGGAGAAAGCAAUGCUUUGAUGCACCUUUCUGUUUAUGUUGUUCUUAGCGCAAUUUAAAGUACUGUGUAUACAUUUCUAACAUUGUGUCUUAACUUCUCAUGAGAAGAGGAAAGAUGUGAUGUUUGCUCCAACUAUGGAUAUUUUCUUUUUUUAAAAAAAUUGUCUCCCCACUCUACUAGGUUUUGGCUGCUAUCCGGUACAGACUGACUAGAAAGUAAAGUCUGUUGAAUUUUAGUGGAACUUACUUCUGAGUAAACAAGCAUAAAAAUGUGUCGUUAAUGGCUUGCUUUGCUGUAUAGUGGCUUUAGGUUACUAUUGAAAUACUUAAGACUUCUUGGUUCUAAGAUAGCAAAUAUUUGUGUUGUAUAUAAAUCUUGUAACUGUUUUCAAUCAAACUGUUUGUUACCAAACGUCUCAAAGUUUGCCCUGUUUGCUUCCCAGUUGUGUUCUCCUAAAGAAAAGUGAACUUAGCAUGCUUUUAAUGUGACUAUAAAUACUUUCUCCUCCCCUCUGCUGUCUUUUUGAGGUGCCUGAUUGUGGGCCAACAUGCCAAGUUUGAACGAGGGUCGAAUUGAAAGCAAGAAUCUUUACAGCCUUACUUCUGGAUCUACAGCUACCUCUGUAGCUGUGCUGUAACAAGACCCUUUCUAUUUUGCUACUGUAAAAGAGAAGUGAUAGCAUGGAUUUCAUACCAAUUGUUUAUACCAACCAACACAACAAUGGCAUAGCAGUUACGUCUGUGGGCAAUAACCAAAAUGUGCUUACUUCUCCACAGUUUUAUGUGGAGAUCAGUAAGAAACCAAUAUUAUAUAUAACCAACGUUUCUGAAGAACCACAAGAAAACAAAAACAAAGUUUGUUUGUGUACAGUGUGUUUGGCACAAAGAAGCCAAAGCUUUUCUAUCUGGUGUUUUGUAGCCCAUAAUCAGGUAAGUGGCAUAUUGGCACUACAGUUCAGCUGUAGAAAUGGGUAGUGCUGCAAGAGUAAUUUCUUUGGCCUUUAAGAAAACCCAAAUAAUAUUGAUCAGAUUAACAACCUAGAUCUGUUCAGGUUGUGCAUUGCCAACAGUUUAGUGCAGCACAACAAAACCUGAUGUUAUGCUGCAGGCAAAGCCAUCCAUGCCAGCAGAAAUAUCCAGCGUCAAAGUGCCAACACGGUUAGCCAGCUGGUCACAGAACAUAAUGUUCAGCUGCCUUUAGCACAAAAGACUUUACAGUAAACACACUCUAGCUUUAAUCCCAAACUUAACCAUGGUUUGGCGGCGGCAUGUUCUAUGUGUCCUCUAUUUACCCAUCACAGAUUUAAAAUGUAGAAUUUUUAAUCUUUGCCUUCAAGCAGUCUCUUGAUGCUCCGUCAGCAUCAUAAUGAAUGUUUUACGUUGAUUUUGGAAACAAUGGCUAUCUCAUUGAAACAUUGUCUGUGUUAAGCUAAUAGAUAUAGUUCCUCCAAAGAUCUGAUCAUUUUUAAAGAAAUGCUUAAACUGAUUCAUGACCAUGAAGUAGGAAUAUGACAGAAUAUGGAACACAAUUUAGCCAGGGAGGAUCAAGCAUUUUCUAUUGAGUGUAGUGGAAAAGGUGGAUGUGUGCUCAAGUUUCCCCCAGAAAUAUCAGUAAGAUGCUCCCAUUUUUGAUAUUGAUGGAAUUAUGCCCAUAGUUGUCUCCCCCCCCCCCCCCAGUUUGUCAGGAGGAGGUUUUGGCAUAGAAACGCUAUGCAGGCCAAUCCUUCUCCAAUUUUUAUCCCUCUCCAAAAGUUAUCCACCACAAGCCAGUACUUUUGCCAUCCUCUCUAGGGAGCUGUAGACAUGUGUCUCUCCCCACAUUGUAUGGAAAUACAUGGCACUGUCAGGCAGCUGGAAGCACAACACUCCGGGGGGGAUUAAACUAGAAGUUGCUGGCACUGAUUCGGAGCCCUGCUGCCCCUGCCAGAUGAGCCCAACACCAGAUUCCACUGAUGUAGGAGGGGACCAACCAGAAGGCAUCAUCUGCUUUUAAGGCAAGGCAUCAAAUUUCUGCUGAGCCAUCCAUUGGAAUCAAUAGAAUUGUAGGUGACUUUUGAAAAACAUAAACCCAUUUAGAAGCAUACUCACUUAAAAGUGGUCUCUUGCUGUCUAUAACCAAGUGGUCUCUUGCUGUCUAUAACCAAGUGAGAUGUGGUUAUCUGCAGCUUCUCUUUGUUUAUGUCUGGCAGUAUCGCCUGCGUAGGUUGUGAUUCUGCAUGUAAACAUGUCACAAGAAAGCCCAGAUGUACGGGUGACAAGAAAGCUUAUUCCACAGGCAACAUCUGACUUGCUUGUGGCAGAAUCCACUCUCAUUCUUCUGCUUAAGUGGCCACUGAAUUGGUGCAUUCUUGUCCAUUUCAGUUGCCCACAUCCAAACCUAGACAUGACCCUGGCCAUUUUCUGCUCUUCUGCUGUACAUGUGUUUGAUCAACCCUGCGUUUCCUACCCAAGAGCACACAGGUCUUUAAGUAACAAAGAUUUGAUGCACAGUCUUUUAGAUGAGGAAUUUAUGUAUUUUUCAAUCCUUGUUCCUACCUUCUUUACUUACAAGAUCUAUGUACUUUUCUUUUCACUGUAAUAAAUGGUAUUUGUGUGAUGCCA